AUGCCAUCCGUCCGUCAGAUAGUGGCCGCGGCCGUGGCCGUCAUACCCCAUCUUGCCGCCGGCCUCCAAGUAGCUCCUGGGUCGCCCUGCUCGGGCUUCUGCAUCGACUCCCCCAGCCUCGACGAGUCGGACCCAGACUCCUCCAACACUGGCUCGGGCGACAUCGUCUGCACAGACGAAGGGUAUACGUCACAGGAGAAUGGGAGGAAGUUUCAGCGCUGCCUCACCUGUCUUCAGAGUAGCGCUCAUACUGCCGACCAGGAGAGUGACCAGCAGUGGUUCUUCUAUAACCUUCGAUACGCAAUAGACUACUGUGUUAUGGGAUACCCAAACGGCACAGACACCAACGGCGGCGGCCCCUGCACCACCUCGGAAUCCUGCGGCGCCUUUGAGGAGGCUCUCGAGUUUGGCAUAGAGGACCCCGCGUACGCUCAGCCGUAUCAAUUCUGCGGAAAGAGUGACGGCCGUCUCGCCUCGGCAGAGUACAUGGAUAACUGCCAGGCGUGUGUAGGUGUCGACGAUAGUCAAUCCUACCUUGUCAACUUCCUGGUCGCCGUCCGCGCCGGGUGCGAGCAGAAGCCCGCAAACAACAUGCUAGUUGGUCUGAGCGACAGCGUCUUCGCCACUUCAACCAUCUCCAUCGUCCAAGCCUCGAGCUCGAUCAACUCCUCAUCCUCCUCGUCCAACCAGUCCAGCCUGUCCUCUCCGGCCAUCGUCGGCAUCGUCAUCGGCUCCCUCGUCGUCAUCCUCUUCACGUCAGGCUGCAUCUUCAUGCAGCUGCGCAAACGCCAGAACCGUCGACGCAUCCGCCUCCGCCUCCGUCGCCAGCAGCAGCACAACCCCAUGUCCCCCAUGUCAUUCCGCUGCCAGACGCCGUCCAGCGCGCAUCACCACGACGACGACGGCGGCGAUGACGGGGAAAAGGGGAAGAGGACAGCCAUCGUGUCAUCAUACGUUGUCAGUCCGGCCGAAGCCCUCCGCUCGAACCCCUUCUCAUUCAGAAAACUCCCCGGAAUCACCACCGCUGCUCUCCCCACGCCUCCCUCUCCCAUACGCGACGUCUCGACCGCCGCCUCGUCGCCGGAGAACCAUUUCGUCACCCCCACAACCACCACGUCUACCCACUCCAACGCCCAUCUCCUCUCGUCCACAUACAGGCCGUACAACCCCGCCGACUUCUCCCCAUCCAUCCCCGGCCUGGCAAUCACUACUUCCCACGCGGAGACAUACCAUGACACCCCCACGUCAACCCCUUCUUCUCAGAUCAACGCCUCAGUGUGGGAGCAGCCGGAUCCGCACAGCAGUGGUGAUGACCGAGGCGCCAACCCCAGGAGGAACACGAGUAGUGCUUGGGGUUUCGCCCGUAACAAGACUUCCCCUUCUACGGCGACGAGAAAUGCUGUGCAGCUGUCGUUUCCCCCGCCGCCCGGGUCGGGCAAAUAG